GGGUGGGGUGGAGGGGAUUACACAGCACACGGAAGGCUGUGCAAGGCUGCCAUGACAAGUUUCUUAAGAGGUGUGUGUGUGUGUGUCUUUGGGAAUGGGGAGAAGUUUAAACCUCGUGCUUCUCAGAAGGUGUCACUGACUGGAAGAGCAAGCCCAGCGCAUAGAACGUUGUGUAACAUUCCACUGAAUCCUGCUUCAUUGUCGUCAGGCUAUUAGAGUUAAUCUCACAGUGCCGCUGGCAACAGAGACCUUACGAAGUGGCGCUGCGCGCCGUACAUUUUACCCAAACUCGCCAUUCCGGUUUGUUUGCAUCGCUGUUGUUCUGAGAGGAUUUCCAAGUAACCAGUCGGAGGGGUUUUCAAAGCCUCUCUGGUGUGUGCUUCUGUUUCUUUUUUGUGCUUGUAACUAAGACCGGAUACUGUACAAUCUGGCCACCAUGUUCAAAGCGGGGGCACAAGAGCUGACAGGGAUGUUAAGUCUUUAGUGGUGUGUAACUGCAUUUUGCAUUCAAGGUAAAUGUUGCCUGUGAAUUACUUAAUCACAGUGAUGUAUGUCUGUCACUGUGUGUGGUAAUCACUGUGAUGUAUGACACAUGAAGGUUAUCUGUCGGGUUCAUAUUGCCACAUUUAAAUAUGUGGCUGGGUAUGCAUCUUUUUACAAUUUAAGUCAAACCACAAGUCACAAAAUUAAUGUCACUUCCUCAAAUUAAUUUGCAAGAAGGGGGAAGUUAUUUUACCAGAACCUUAUUUUAUCACACAAAUCUUCUGGCUUAUCUGGAGAGCGCAGACGGAAAUUAAACGAGUCACGCAGUAAUGCGUUGCCUAACAUGAUUUUUGAGAAAGCAAAGGUCAGUGAGUUUACAGCAGUCUCUGUCACUAAAAGUGUGUAUGGUAAACAUUGAGCUUUAUCUGUAGUGCAAUAAAUAACCUGGCUUUGCUGUCAUGAGGCAUUAUUGUAUUAAAUAUGCGCUGUAUGUACAUAUCCAUUCUUUGCCUUUAGCGAGAGUUUUCACACAUCUUACCUCACCUGAGUGUGUUUCUGAUUUAAUUAAUUGGUCUCUGUUCCCGGUCUUUGUUCUUAGUGAAAAAUAAAUGCUGUUCCCUGUGAUAAAAAGGGCUUGUGAGGUAAAAGGUAAAUUCCCCUGAACUGCUGUUGGUUUUCAUGGAGGUUCAGAAAAAAACUGUGCAUUCACUAGUUUUUCGGUUCAGCCUUGGUGAAUGUUUUACUGAAAAAUGUGGUGAGUGACGUUAAAUGUUUAAAAGCGAAGAAAAGGGUGCCAAGAUGCUAGAAAGCCGUCGAUCUAAACCCCUUUUAUUGGUCCCUGCACACGUUCCAUAUCCCAUUGUUGGCCUGUGCGUCCACAUUGAGUUUACCAAACGCGGAAGGCGCGUGCCCAUUAACCAAUGGCGACAAGUGUCCAGCCUGUUUAGAACCUUCAUGGUUUGGAGGGACUGUUUACUACAGGCUAUGGCUCUCAUUGUCAGCCAGGAAAGAACGCAUUACCACUCCGAUCUUCUGGUUCUCCGUUGAGUUCAGAAGUCUGAGUUAGUAUAGCGAGAUAUUUUUUUUAUCGGGUCAUUUACUGUCACUAGGCUACUUGGAACUAAGUGUUAUAGAGCUCGACGCCUGGUGUUCCACGAUUCCAGCUUCGGUGUGUUAAUAUCGAUUCUGCAACAUUGGACCUCUUAUGCGAAUACGAUACUCGCCUUUCGUCAGGCAUUGAUUUAAUGUGGCAAUAAUUUAUUUCACUCUUCUCUUCAAAGACAUGUUCGCGUUUGUUUAAACGCUUUGCGUAGGCUAUACUGCACAUACACGUGGCUUUUCAUCAGAAGGGUCAUUACGAUACGUUUAAUUAUGAGUGUAGCGUUUUAUAUUUGAAUUUUUAAAAAAUGCUGUAUUCGCGAGCGUGAAAACAGAACGACGCAUCUUGUCAAAAUGGCUCAAUCCAGAUGCAGGAAAUAUGGUUUCUGAAACGCAGUCUUCCUUAAGUAGUGUUCUGCCGUUGCAUUGUGCUGAUUACAAUGCCGCGUCCUUCUCGCUAGGUGGCGCCGUCCGACAACACGAGAUUAAGUCGGCUAUUUCAUUUCUCUGUACCGAAACCCUCAACUGCCCAUCCCACACACCCAUAGCAACCGCUGAACUGAUGCGAGCGCGUGCAGCUUCUCCGAAUUCCCCGCGAUGAAUUCCGCGCUAUGUUCUGCCUGUAAGCAACGUGCAACUUAACCCAGGCCUGGACGAAAGCGCACCCUUUUUAAUUUUUGUAAUUUUCCGAACCCUUUACAGCAGCUGGAGUGGCGUGAAGAAAUGGAGAAAGAGAGAAUAUUGUCCAAGCAAUAUGGGUCUCUCGAAUGCUCACAACGGGAUGCGGACGCAGCCAAAACAGAGGAAGAUGACGUCGUGUCCAUGGCAGACUCUACCAUCACCGUCGACGACAUCGAGGGGGAGCUCUUCAAGAUCGAGCGGCUACGGGACGUCCUGGUGCGGAGGGAGUCGGAGCUGAGAUACAUGAUGGAUGACAUUCAGCUGUGCAAGGAAAUAACGCGGCUGAAACAGGAACUCCAGAAACUGGUGUCCAUCCCAGACAAGGACAAAUCAAACGAGGACAGACAGAAGGAGGACGAGCUGCUCCAGCAGAUCCACAAGCUGGUGGAGACCAGGGACUUCCUCGUGGACGACGUGGAGUUCGAGCGGCUGAGGGAAAGAGAAGAAGACAAAGAGAUGGCUGAAUUCCUGCACUCAAAACUUCCCAAGCGCAUGAAGAAAAAGAGUGCCGGUCAGCGCAGGAAGGUGACCUCCAGAGCGCAGCAGACGUCCUCUCCGUUUGUGGCCAAGACCGGCCUCACCCUCCUGAAGGAGUGCUGCGGAUUCACCUGCUCCGUCAUGUAGGGCGCCACCUGGUGGCGGCCACCAGCGUACACAGGAAGACCAAAACAAGACCAAAAAAAAACAAAAAACUGAGGUGUUUGUCGGAGGAGUAGGAAAAACGAGUGGAGGGCGGAUGUAACGUGGGACCCAGGGUGCAGGUGGACUGUAAGACAUAUGGUGGCCAGGGGAGGGCAAUGUGGAGGAGUAGGGGGCAGUGGGGGCAGAACAUGAACAUUUUGUCUGUUUCAAGGUCUGUCUCAGGCGUGUGGGCCUGUAAUUGUGUGUCCGUCCCCCAUCUGUUUAUUUUUUGGGAAAAUCACAGCCCGCAGGCGCACUGUCAGGUGGCCAUCCAUCCAUCCAUUCUGCACAUCUUCCCAGUGCUCCUCAUAGGCCUGCUGUCGAGCAGGCGCCCGUCAUCACCGCACCGUCAGCUCGCUGCCAAAACUACAUUUCCCAUGAGGCUGCACGCAGCUGAACCGUCGCUUGACUAAACGCAUCUCUGACUUAGAGGCUUGUCAGCCAGCGCUGGGAGAGCCAGAAAAUGAAUCUGGCAAUCUGUGCAUUCAGGUACGUCUUCUGCAGUCCACCACAGUGCCCCCUGGCUGCAGGAGACGGAACAAUAGCCCAGCAUUCCAACCUGCGCCAAAAAACAUAAAACAUUAAACGGCAGCAUGGCUGAUUUUCUCACAAAACGAAAAGCCAGUGGACGAUCAGUGAUGGUGCUAGGGGAGAUCAGCAUAUGCGGCAAGAGAUGAGAUAUUGGUCAGAGGACGAGGGCUAAGGUGAACAAGGAGGAGGGGAAAACAUUUUAUCACUGUAUUUUCAUUAGAGGAGGAGGGAUAAAAGGAUAAAGUCUGCCAGAUAUAGUUUUCAUCACUCCAAAUCCCCAAAGGGAUUCUCGAGGCUUGGCUCCAGCACCCUUGAAUGAAUGGUUCUUCGCUUGGUUGUCAGUUGCUUAUGCCCGCUCAUUGGCUCGUUUAAAGAAGGUUGGUAGGGUUAUUGGGUGUAGAGGUCUCACAGCGCACAUGGGCACUUCACAUAACAGACCUCUGUCAUCUGAGUAAGAACAAGAGCCCUGGAUCUUCAUCUGCAAUUGAUCGGGGGGGGGGUGCCACGAACAGUGGCAGUCAGUGGCUUUCAUUGACAAGUUGGGGGGAAAAAAACCGGCUCCUUGGACUUUAUGUGGCUUCAAUGUGACUUUGAGUUGCACCAACAGCAUCGUCUGUGGUCUGUGGUGUUUGUGCUGGAGGGCGGCCAUGAUUAAAGUUGACGGUGUCUGAGUUUUGGGUCUGGUGAUUUUACCCUGUGAAGGCUGCUGGUCAGGGAAGACUUGUCCCUCUGGCUCUUCUACCUUCUUCACUUUCUCCGCCUCUCUCAUAUUUUCAAAUCCAACGUGUCCGUCUUUGUUCUCCGUUCGGUUUGACCAAUUCACCAUCCAUCUUUAGCCGCAUCUAGGCCUCACUGUGUUGCAGCAGCUAUGCUUCGCCAUUGUGCAGAAGCAGCACUGUGCGUGCUUCCAUUUGCUUCAUGAGUCUCUGGCCCUGCUUCUCCACUGGCUUUUCAUUUGUAGGCCACGUUUGUCUCACAGUUGAAUUUUGCGACGAGCGACGACUCGCAAAGUUCAACGAGUAAGACGAUUUAUGCGCCGUCCAUAAAUUCUGAAAUACUGUAAGGAGCAAUUUCAUUACCGACUGCUUAUUGUUUUUUUAAUGUAUUUUCACAAAAUUACUAGAUGCUCCAUGGAGAUGGCAUUUCAAGCAGUGUUAAAAAAAAAAAGAAAAAUCUUAUUAAAAACUCUUUCUCUUCCACCUCUUCUUUUUUUUCUCACAUUUACUUUUCCAUACGAAAAUAGCUGCUGUGGGCUGCUGGGUAGGGUAGCACGCUCUGUAAAAAAAUGGCGCUUCCGGUGCAUGAGGAAGCGCCGCGGUCUCGGAUGGAAUCCAGCCAGUGCCAGUGCCAGUGCCGACUGUGACUGGCAGCCCCGCCCGGCAGGGGCAGUGCCCACUGUGGCUGGCAGCCCCGCCCUGCAGGGGCAGUGCCCACUGUGGCUGGCAGCCCCACCCUGCAGGGGGCAGUGCCCACGGUGGCUGGCAGCCCCGCCCGGCAGGGGCAGUGCCCACUGUGGUUGGCAGCCCCGCCCUGCAGGGGGCAGUGCCCACUGUGGCUGGCAGCCCCGCCCUGCAGGGGGCAGUGCCCAGUCGCCUUCACGCCAUCCAAGGAUCACGGGAGGGAUUCAGUCAGCGGGGAUGGCAGUGUUCCUUCCUCGAGUGAUCCCGGUUGUGCCGCCCGGGUGCCCGCGCUGUGCCCUCUGCCCGUGCGUAUGAUUGGGUCUCCUUCGUCCCCCACCCACUCACAGCUUGUGGCUGUGUAGUAUGACUGGGUAGGGAACUGGGCUGGUCUCACCUAAAGCAACCUAACCUCGAAAAGGUCGAAGGUUCGAUUCCCAGGUUGGACACUGUCGAUCUACCCUUGAGCAAAGGUACUUAACCUGCAGUGCUCCAGCAUAUACCCAGCUGUAUAAAUGUAAAAAAAAAAAAGAAAUUAAAAAAAAGGUUGUGUAAAAAGGUGUGUAAGUCGCUCUGGAUAAGAGCGUCUGCUAAAUGCCUGUAAAUGUAAUGAAGUGUAAUGAGAUGUGAGAAAAGCAGCAGACAUCAUGUGUUUCAGAGAGGUUCUGCAAGGUGACUUCCCCGGGGCUGGAGGCAGGGGGCGCCUGUGAGCACGCUCGCAUGUUCUUUGCGAAUUGGACAAAUUCGGGUGGGAUUGGAGAUACCAAAUUUAUUAUUGAAAAAUAAAUAAAAUAAUUUUUAAAAACCUGCUGUUCUGGCGCAGGCUAUAGGCUAUAGGGCAGCCAUCCCUUAGCCCCGUGUGUUUGGGGCUGUGAUCUAUCGCCAUGGCGCUUUCUGCUCUGUGUGUGUGUGUGUGUAGGGAUUUUCUUUUUAGCACAAGUUGUUGAGCUUUAGCACAAUUAGAGUCCCCGCAUAUCAGAGUUGUGAAAAUGGCGUGUUGCCAUGACGACCGGCGGCGGGGUCGACCAUCCCUCCCUCGGGUCCGGUCCUAACGCGCGCGUCCAUUUUGUGUCACGAUGUCUAACGUUCGAUAGCGUAAAAUAUGUGAGAUGUUCGCCGUUGCAAGUUUAUCUGAGGGGGAAUGUGAAAAACGAAAAGGCUAUGUAUUUUUAUAUUUGACAGGAAGUGGUUGCAUUUAUUUCUCGGUUCAGGCAAAUGUAUUUUUUAGCAUUUUUGUGUUAUUUUAAUAGUAGGUGCUGCAAUAUGUGGAAUUACUUUUAAAUAUUGUGAUUAAUAAGUUGUAAUAUUAAUGAGUUGUGAUGCUGUUUCAGCACGCAUGCUUGAAUAAACUGUGGAAAUACA